AUGGACCUGCACCGGGCCGCUUUCAAGAUGGAGUCGUCCUCUUACCUUCCCAACCCUCUGGCAUCCCCAGCCCUCAUGGUGCUGGCUUCCACCGCCGAGGCAAGCCGCGACGCCUCCAUCCCCUGCCAGCAGCCCCGCUCCUUCGGCGUGCCCGUCUCCAUGGGCGAGAAGGACAUGCACCUGCCCUUUAACAACGGCUCCUACACCUUCGCCUCCAUGUACCACCGUCAGGGAGCCGUUCCCGGGGGCUUCCCCAACCGGGACUUCCCCUCCUCCCUGCUGCACCUGCAUCACCAGUUCGCCCCCCCAAACCUGGACUGCUCCCCCAUCAGCAUGCUGAACCACAGCGGGGUGGGGGCCUUCCGACCCUUCGCCUCCCCUCCAGACGACCGUGACGGGGCAGGGGGCUACCAGUCUGCCUUCACCCCAGCCAAGCGCCUCAAAGGCUGCCUGGAUGCAGACGCCUCUCCCCACCUGCGAUACACGGACGCUGAGGGUAAAGAGUAUGACUUUGGGGGGGGACAGAUCCCCUCCAGCUCCCCAAGCGCCCUUAAGGCAGUGGAGGAUGCUGGGAAAAAGAUUUUUGCAGUGUCAGGCCUGUUGUCCGACCGUGAGACAUCAUCGAGCCCAGAGGACCGCAUCGAACGCUGUAAGAAGAAGGUGUCUCUGUAUGACAGCCAGACGCCCAUCUGUCCUAUCUGCCAGGUGCUGCUGCGUCCAGGAGAGCUGCAGGACCACAUGGAGCAGGAGAUGGAGCGCCUCACCCACAUGCACCUCAGUAAGAACCCAUCACACGGACACAAGGACGGCAGUGUGGUUCCAGGAACUCCUAAGUCUAUGCUGUUGUCGGUGCACAUCAAACGCGAGGGAGAGUCACCGGUGGUCUCCCCUCUCUCUUCUGAAGAUGCCCACCACUCCGACAGAUACCAGACAUUUUUAAGAGUGCGAGCAAACAGGCAAACGCGGUUGAAUGCCCGGAUUGGGAAGAUGAAACGCCGGAAGCCAGAGGAUGGGCAGGUAUGUCCACUGUGCAGCGCGCCGCUGGCAGGGACUGAGGAGGAGAUGAGUAGGCAUGUGGAACAAUGUCUGUUCAAGAGGGAGGGUGCGUUUGCUGAGGAUGACUCUGCAGACAUUGACGGAGAGAACGGGACCCGCUUCGAGGAGUACGAGUGGUGCGGCCAGAAGAGGGUCAGAGCUACCACCCUGCUGGAAGGAGGCUUCAGAGGAACAGGCUUUGCCAUGUGUAGCACGAAGGAGAGCCACGACAGCGACGCCGACCUGGACGUGGAUGGAGACGACACGCUAGAGUACGGCAAGGCCCAGUACACAGAGGCAGACAUCAUUCCCUGCUCCGGAGAGGACCAAGGAGAAGCCAAAGAACGGGAGGCCCUGCGCGGGGCGGUGUUGAAUGGUGGAAUGCCGUCCAACAGAAUAGCGGCAGAGUUCUCCAAAUGGGCCAGUGAUGAGAUGCCCUCCACGAGCAAUGGCGAGAGCAGCAAGCAGCAGCUGCCUCAGGACCCCAACGCCGCCUGCUCAUCCUCCAACGCGCCCCGGACCUGUAAAAACAGCGAAAUAGAGAAGAUCACAGAGGGCUCGAAAGCCACCACGUUUGAAGCACUAAAGGCUCGUAUCCGGGAACUGGAGAAACAGAUCCUUCGAGGGGACAGAUAUAAGUGUCUCAUCUGCAUGGACUCGUACACGAUGCCCCUCACCUCCAUCCAGUGCUGGCACGUCCACUGUGAGGAAUGCUGGCUCAGGACUCUGGGAAAUAAGAAACUGUGCCCACAAUGCAACACCAUCACAUCGCCAGGAGAUCUAAGGCGCGUCUACUUGUGAAGAAGACUACGCCUGCCCUGACCGGCCUCCCCCUCCAACCCCCCCCCCCCCCCCCUCCGUGUUUUCCUCUUUUUAUUUCCAUUUGUUCUCACCGUUUGUGUUUUGGGGUUUGUGAAGCCCCCCCUCAUAGCUUAAAGAGACAAGACUGAUGUCUUGAUUGACUCUUCCGAUCAGGGGAGGACUGACUGAUUGAUCAACCAACCCGGUUGGGAACAGAACCGAACCCAGUUGCCCAUUAUGUCUGAGUGUUCUCAGAAUGACAAAUAAACCAACCACCCCUCUCUGGCUCCUCCACCCGCCUGCCUGCCCUCUAGUGGUGAGUGGUCCACUCCACAGUCAAAUCCCCUCCACCCUGGCUCACACUUCUGGUUCUGUGUGUUUUCAUCCUUUAGCUCUCAGGCAACCCAGCUUUACACUGUUGUGUUACUCAUGGAGCCCUCCUCACUUCCUUGCCUCACCAUCGUCUUACCAUGCUGAAAGGUGUGUUCAGGUGGGAGGAGGUGGUGCUGUAACUCCCCCCCCAUCACUGCUCGCUGUGUGUAGAAAGCCCAUCUUGGUUCAAGCCAUCAGGACAGCCAUGCUAGAUAUUGAGCUGUCCGCCAGUCAUCGCACCCUGCUUGAAGGCCUGGUAAGGGGGAAAGGAAAACGAUAAACUCUGAGCUUUCUACCAAACUGACAACCUCAGAACAUCCAGAGGAUCCUCUUCUUUUCAGACUCUUUUUUCCCUUCUUCUUUUGUGGUGUUAAAUCGUGAAGUCAACCAAAUCCCGAGAAUCAGUGCAAGCACAUGUAUAAUAGUGUAUGUUAGUUUACAGUGUUGUGUGUAAAUGACAUAGAGCUUACACUUGUAUACAUAUGUGCACACAUGCUUACACACAUUCACACAUAUGCGCGCGCGCACACACACACAAACUCACAAAAGUAUAUAUUAAUAAAGUCCAGUUUUUAGUUAGAGUUUUGAGGAAGGGUAGGGAGUGAUGUUUAAUCAAUGUGAAAAAGAAAGCCCUCUGUAUUUUUCAACCGAUGUUGUCGUCUUGAGGUUGAAGUUGUAUUUCAUUGUACAGGAAUAGAUUUAAGUCACAAUAAUAAUAAUAAACUACUCAACUAGAAAUUCAA